AUGAAUCACCACCACUACAUUCCCGCACCACCACCACCACCACCAUCGCCGCCGCCACCACCACCACCAAAACUCCAACUCCAAUCUCCACCCCUAAUAUUGAUUCCUCAACCACCACCAUCUCCUCCUCCUCCUCCUUCUGCUCCUCCUCCUCGUCCACCACCACCUCCAACACCACCAACAUUCAAGUCUCCACCAUUAACAUUGAUCCAUCCACCAGCACCACGAUCAAAAUCCAAAUUCAAUGAUAUUCUUUCACCACCAUCACCAAAAUGA